UUGGGUUCUGCUACUUGCGUCUUGGUCGUGCCUUUGUGUCUUGGCAGUCUCGGACAUCUCGUACCUCGUAUCCAUUCCAGUGCCGUUUCACCUGAGCGACUUCCUCAGCGACAACUCGAACUGCAUCCUCGCAGGCGGAUCACAGCCGAGAAAAUGAGCGGUAGAUCGCAGACGACAACAAUGAACGGGAAGAGGCCCUCCUCGAUACCUUCCAGACAUCAGCCAGAAACUGUGGCGCAGCACUUUGAUUUGAUCAAGUAUAUCUACGAUUCAUGGAAUUCUGUAUCUAGAGAGCUAGAUAUGUGUCACAAUCAGCCACACAGUAAUUCGUCCAGUCACAGAAACGGAGCAUCAGUUGCUUACUACCAAGAACCUGAGCCAAAUCCACUAAAGGAUUUCGAGCCUUUCGAUCUGGAAGCAUGGUGGGGACGACGUAUUGUACAGAGUAUUACUAGGAAUACGAAUUCCUAGUGCCAGGCCCAACAGGUUGAUUACAAUCGAUCGUUCUCAAACAGACACAAGAAACAGAAGAGAUAAAUUGGGAAUUGACGAAACCGUUCUUUAAUCCUACUUUAUAGUAAGAUUCGUUGUACACUUAAGAAUAACGAAAAAUAAUAGCUUAGGUGAAUGUACGUACGUAUGUUUGGAGGACGACUUUUCAACUUUUUGAUAAGAAAAAGGAAAGCUGAUGAACAGUAACACGAAAAAAAGAUAGCGCGACGAAUUCGGAGAAAGGCAUGUCAUUACAUUCCUGUUUUUAUCUUUGAUUGCAUUUUACUGAGAUUCACGUUCUCUUGAUCUUUUUAAAAAAACGUGCUUUUAAACAGGGAUCAGGAAUGAAAGAAUUUUCUCCUGCAUCUAUUGCUAAUAAUAAUAAUAAUAUUGUUUUUAAAGUCGAAAGAUCGAAGAGAGAGAGAGAGAGAGAGAGAGAAACGGAGAAAGAGAGAGAUAAAUAAUUAAGAGAUUAAUAAUUAAGAGAAUUAUAGUGCAUGUCAAGUUAUUUAUUUUAGCCGUUAUCCGAGAUGAUACAAGUAAUGUGGUAACAUAAUUUAUUAUGAUAUCGAAUUUCCACUGUUAUUUAAAGAGUAACUCAAUAAUGUAAUUGUAAGUUUUUUUAUCUCCCUGACAGAGAAUUGAGCUGAAACGAGGUUUGCGAGCUCAACGGUGCACAAAGCAUUUUAAGAUGCUCAAGCUUGUUUGAUAAAACGUCGCAUAAGAUACUAGAGAAAUUAUACCUUUCUAGAGAGUUUACACAUAACUGUACUUUUUUAAGUGUUGCAUUUCACAUUUUCAACAAGAAUUGUCUCGCUCACGCGUCCAUAAAGUGACCGCACCUUAGUUAACUUAGCAAAACGUAAAGCGUUAAAAGUGUUCUCCACUUGUCCACUCGUGGGAGAUUUUACAGACCAUGCGAAAACCGCACUGCACUCGGAGUUGGUCGUAAAAUAGCAAAAUAGCGAUUCUAGACACACACAUGUAUACUUAUCAUGUAUACUUACUAUACAUAUAUGUAUUUAUGUAUAUGUAUAUCUAUACGUGUAUAGUUAUCAUGUAAGUUAAUCAGAUAAUGUUUCUAAUGACACAACAAUAACACAUUGUCUUUCUACAUA